AUGGUCAAUGAUACCGAUAGCCAGCAACAGGAAGAAGGCCCGCUCCAAAAGGCUGCAUCCGAUGGCAUGAAGGAAGAAGUACAGGGACUACUCGAAAAAGGAGCUGACAUCAACUCCAUUAACGGACACUUUGGCACUGCUCUCAAUAAUGCCGCAGGCGGAGGCCAUCUCGCCUUAGUCCGACUCCUGCUGGCUAAUGGUGCAGAUAUCAAUUUGAUAGGUGGUUCCUAUUGCAACGCACUCCAAACCGCCGCCGUGUGCAACAAAGCCUCGGCGGUCCGAUAUCUUAUUGCCGCAGGUGCCGACGUCAACAUCCAAGGUGGCGGUUUCGGCACCGCGCUACAGGGAGCCUGUGUAGGCGGACACAUCGAUAUCGUCCACAUGCUCCUCGACCACGGUGCUGAUGUGAAUACAUCUCCGGUAGGGUACUUCGGUAGUGCUUUGCAGGCUGCGGCAGAUGGUGGACAUCAGAGCACAGUCAAUUUGCUCCUUAAGCACGGGGCUGACAUUCACGCACAAGGAGGAAUCUACGGUACUGCGUUGUCGGCCGCAGCAGAUGCUGGAGAGGAGGAGAUCGUAACAAUGCUGCUGGACAUGGGUGCGGAUCCCAAUGUUGUUGGAGGAUUUUAUGGCACAGCGUUACAAGGUGCUUGUCGUGGCGGGCACCUUGCGGUCGUGCGAAGACUACUGGACAGUUGCGCUACCGUGAAUUCGGGGGGUGGGAAGUUCGGAAGUCCUAUGGAGGCGGCGGUUCAAGAGGGCCAUCAGGAGGUGCAGGCACUUCUUCGGGCAAGGUCUACACCGGCUGAGCGAACGAGUGCUGAGUAG